AUGCCUUACAACACUCGUCGAAAGUCGCUCUCUCUGCCAUCCCUAGGCAUCCACCUACCUGUCACUCAUGCUUCACGAGCGGCCGCGCGACUCUCACCGCCUUCUGCCGGUCCAAAUUCUGAGAUACCUCCUUCGAAAAAAAUAAAGCGGUCGCAUGAAGAGUCGCCAUCGAUGUCACCUCCUCCAAAGCGAGUCGUUGUCAAGUACGAACACACCCCACCACCGUCACCCGAGGCCGAUGCGGAUGAUUUGGAGGAUGAGGCGAAACCAAGGGAGAUAGAUUUGGAGGGGAUCAACGACGAGAUCGUGGAAGGAGUUAUCAUUCAGUUACAAAAGACCGGGAACAGACCCCACUUAGUCAAGGAACUGGCUGCGAUAUUGUCUCAGAGCGUCAAAAUUGUCGAACAGUCUGCGAACCCUUCAGCGAUUAUUUCAUCACGACUUUCCACGUACUUGAAGCGACCAUGGACGGCGUUGGCGCCUUGUCCGGUGGCGAAGGAAUUAGAGACGGUCCAUCCGCGAAGAACGUACUUCUACUUAACGACUUACCAACAUCAACCUAUUCCCGACCCAACUACAAUCCAGUACCCCUCGAGAGCGAUAAUUUCACCUUCAAUAUCGAGUGCAGCUUCGAGGUCCGAUGAAGCCGAUGCCGAGAGGAGGAGAGAAUUGUCACCAUCACCAGAAGUCGACCUCUCAUCACCAGAGUUCGAUGACGUCGAGAUGGUAUCACCUACUACGCCAUCAGGUUCCUUCUCUUCUGGACGGGUUGACCGAAUCCCUCGGAAUCAUCGCGCAACAUCGCCACCUCUAGAGAAGGACGAGAAGGAGUUUACACAAACAGCAGUCGGCAUGCAGAAGCGAAAGUUCAGUGGCGACGUUCAGAUGAGUGGAGUACCUUCGGAGAUGGGAGAUCAUCCUACGAAGAGCGUGGAGACCGACGCACUAUUUGGAGAGGGAAGAGGCUUGAAUGUAUUAAAUACCGCAGUGUUCAUCAGCAGUCCAGCGAUGAAGCCAAGCUUGUCACUCAGUACGACGAAGCGACCGUUCGAGGAUUCAAACGACCUAUGGGGACGAGUCGAGAGCACGAUGGACUGGGACAUGCGGAGUCCUGAGAAUGUGGAGCUAGAAGAACUGGACGGCAUGUUCGACGAUCUGUGA